AUGUGUCUGGUCCGGAUGCGGCAGGAAGGCAGAGCUGGGAAGUACAUGUGCCGUUACAUCGUCCACUCCAUGUGGGAGGACGUGGAGCAGAGGAGCAAGAUUAUGGGAGGAAUACUGUCAGACGAUUGCGUUCUUGCGGCGGCGCUCUGGAGAAACGUGUUCAACAGACAGUGUGAAGACCCCAGACAGCUCGAGCUGAUGGUCGAAUACAUCCGCAAACAGAUGCAGUUCAUCGAUGCUCUGGAUGGGGAGGACCUGCUAUUAACUGGAGAAGUGAAAUGGCGCCCCCUGGUGGAAGAACACGCCCAGAGCAUCCUGAAGGUUCCCAGCCCGACCUACAAUGAUGCCGGACUCUGAGAGCCAUCUCACCCUCCUUUAUCUGUCUUUCCAUGA